UUAUACAAGUGUAUCUUCGUGUGUGUGUUUUUGAGAGAGUGCCAACGCGAUCAAUGGCUGCGGCGGACGGAGAGGGACACACGAGCGGCAGGAUGAUUGCUCAGGGCUACAGGGUGCUUGAUGAGCGACGGCACGCGGUGGACUACCGCCGAAGCGUGUGGGGGGACUACUUCAUCCAAAACCCUACGCUGCCCCAUACCCACGAGAACUCCAUUGAUUGGAUGACUGAAAGACGCGACAAACUGAUACUGGAGACAAGGGAGAUGUUCCUCGGCUUGCAGGAUCCAGCAGCUGAAAUGAAGAUGAUCGAUGCACUUCAGCGUCUUGGAGUUCGGUACCAUUUCAAAGAAGAAAUCGACUUGAAACUGCAAAAGCUUUCCUCCCAAAAGUUUGGUAACGAAAAUCUCCACGAUAUUUCCCUUCAGUUUAGGCUGCUGAGGCAAGACCGGUUCUACAUGUCUUGCGAUGUAUUCCAGAGCUUCAUAGACAACCAAGAAUACCUCAAUGCUAAGUUGCAAAAUGACGUACGUGCAUUGCUUGCACUCUACGAGGCCGCUCACCUUGGCACACCAAAUGAACAAUUUCUAAAAGAUUCCCGAAGGCAAACUACGAGUCUCCUAAAAACAUUGGUCAGACAUCUUGAAAAGCCACUGUCAGGUAAAGUAAAGCAUGCUCUCGAGACGCCAUCUUUCCGUAGGAUGAAGAGACUGGAGGCUAGGCUCUAUAUCCCUCUGUACGAGGAGGAUAAGGAGGAGUGCAACCAGAUCAUACUUGAACUCGCGAAGCUAGAUUUUUAUUUGCUCCAACGCACUCACCGUCAAGAAGUCACGGAAGUGUGCAAGUGGUAUUAUGGACUGGAAUCCCCACGCAAAUUAUUCUAUGCAAGGCAUAGACCAGUAGAGGCAUACUUUUGGGCACUGGGAGUAUAUUACGAACCCCAAUAUGCCAAGUCCAGAAAGUUGCUAGCAAAAUUUAUAUCAACAAUUACACCAUAUGAUGACACCGUUGACAACCAUGGCAUAUGGGAAGAGCUGCAACCCUUUGCCGAUGUGAUGCAAAGGUGGGAUAUGAAGGAAGUUGAACAACUUGGAGAAUACUACAAAGACUAUGCAAAAUUUAUGUUUGGCACCAUGAUUGAAAUAGAGAACGCACUUCCGAAAGAAAUAUCAAAAAUCAAUGUCAACUUUAUCAAAGAUAUCACAAAUGAAGUAUGCAAAGGUUACAUGACUGAAAUUAUCUGGAGAGAUAGCAAAUAUGUUCCUCCCAUGGAGGAGCAUUUGAAUGUCACACUAAUUAUAUGCUUCUACUGGGCUAUUUGUUGCACUGCUUUUGUUGUCUUCGAAGAAGACGUUACAUAUGGGGUUCUUAAAUGGAUGUCAAAGUUUCCUCAGGUUGUGAAGGAUUCUUGUAUUAUAUGUCGACUAAUGGAUGACAUUGUUGCACAUGCGUUUGAAACAGAAAGAAAAAAUGUUGCCACUGCUGUAACAUGCUACAUGAAAGAGUAUGGAACAACAGAAGAGGUGGCAACUGAAGCGCUCUGGAACAUGGUAGAGAAUGCAUGGACUGAUAUGAACAAGGAGUAUCUCACUAUGACGUCAAUACCAUCUACCUUGAUUCUUCAUGUCAUAAAUCUUUCACGAAUGAUGGAGACAAUGUUUAGGGAAAUUGAUGGGUAUACAGACUCAGCAAUACUGGAAAAACAUAUAUCUUUGUUGGUUGAGAAGCCAAUCACUUUCUAAGGUACCAUUGCAAAUCAAAUAAUGUUAUUUUCCUCAAGCCAGAUGAUUAGGUGGCAAGACCUACUAUGUAUGUUUUCCAAUAAAGUUCAAGAUUGUUGUUAAGGCUUGCUAAAUGUCAUGGAUAGUGCCCUAGAGGUGACACUAUUUCCGCCUUGUACUCAUAAGUUAAGUCUAUGCAUGAACUAUUGCACUUGUGGCUGAA